AUGGCUCGAAAGAAUGAUGCUGCGAUUGCUGCUGCUUUGGAGGCGAUGGCCCAAGCUUUGGAACAUCAGCCAAAUGUUGGUGAGAAUGUUGCUUCUCGCAAUUUGGCUACCUUCCAAAGAGAGAACCCUCUUAUUUUCAAGACUCAUAGGAGGUUGGAAGCUAGUGGUGAUGAGAUCUCUUGGGUUGUGUUCCGCAUAGAGUUCUUACGGAAGUACUUUCUUGAGGAUGUCCGUGGAAAAAAGGAGAUUGAAUUCCUUGAGCUGAAACAAGGGAACAAGUCUAUAGUGGAGUAUGCUGCUAAGUUUGCUGAGUUGGCUAAGUUUUACGAACACUAUGAUGGGGCAAAUGGUGAGUUUUCCAAGUGCAUCAUGUUUGAGAAUGGUUUGCUCCCAGAAAUCAAGAAGGCGGACAACAAUGCUCAUUAUCGUGUUAUUAAUGAAAAGAGGGGCAAAAGUCAACAAGGUCGUGGUAAGCCUUAUGAAGCUCCGAGUGGAAAGGGUAAGCAGAAAUUUGCUGAUGGCAAGAGGACUAGUGGGGGAGACGCUCCUGCUGGUAUUGUGUGCUUCAAGUGUGGCAAAGUUGGCCACAAGAGCACGUCGUGUAAUGUUAAAGAUAAAAGAUGCUACCGUUGUAGAAAGUUUGGACAUGCGUCUUCUGAAUGCACUCAUAAGGAUAUGAUUGGGUCUUGUGUUUGUGCUAUGAACGGAGAAAUGGUUGUCGAUACUCCGGCUAAGGGAUCGUCGGUGAGAUUUUCUUCUCCUGAAGAAGAAGGUGUUGAGUUGUUGUCAGCUAGACAGAUGCGUAUGUUGAUGAAGGAAGAAGUGCAAGUGUUUGCUUUGGUUGCAUCAAUGUCCGUGGAGAACCAAGCGAUCAUAGAAGAGUUGAAUGUGAUUAACAAUGAUUUUCUGGAUAGUAUCAGAGAAGCUCAGAAGUUAGAUGUGAAAUUGGUAGAUUCAAUGGUUGGCGGAAAUUUGUAUAGAGAUUCGAGGUUUACUUCAGAUUUUUGGAAGAGUCUGCAAGAGGCAUUGGGUUCUAAGUUAAGGUUGAGUUCGGCGUAUCAUCCUCAGACAGAUGGUUAG